GCACCUCUGCGCGCAUCCGCAAGUUUGGAUCUUUCAUUGCGGUGCCAAACUUGUUCUGACGAGUCAGCUUCCUUUUCUUCUGGACUUUUGUGAAGCCAUCCUCGUCGACGCCCUUCGUUUUUGAAGUUGAACUUUUCCGCACAGGCGAAACGUAAAUUCAAAAUGGCGCCAUCUAUCGGCGUGUCGGAGUACUACGCCAACAAGACGGUGUUCAUCACCGGGUCGACGGGCUUCAUGGGCAAGGUGAUGAUCGAGAAGAUGCUGAGAUGCUGUCCCGAGGUGAAGAAGAUAUACAUGCUGAUGCGGCCCAAGAAGGGGCAAGGGACUAAGGAACGGUUGGAUGAUUUUAUCAAUUGUAGGAUAUUCGACAAACUGCAAGCCACAUCGCCGGACUGUUUCGACAAGCUAUCCGUGAUCCCAGGCGAUAUCUUGCAGGAAGACCUGGGCAUCUCUGAGGAACACAGGCAGGAGUUGCAGGAGCACGUGCAGAUUGUGUUUCAUUGCGCUGCCUGUGUUAGAUUCGACAUGUUCAUCCGAGACGCUGUCAACAUGAACACGGUGGGAACGAUGAAAGUGCUAAAACUCGUGGAAGGCAUGAAGAAAUUGGAGGUGUUCGAGCACGUGUCGACCUCGUACUGCCGCUGCGAGCUGCACACGCUGCAAGAGAAGCUGUACCCGGCGCGCCACUCCCCGCAGCACGUCGCGCACGCCGCGCGCUGGAUGGACGACGAGCUGCUGGCGCACUUGCAGCCCAAAUUAAUAGAGCCUCAACCGAACACAUAUGCGUAUACAAAGAAUCUGACAGAGGAUCUGGUCACACAGUAUGAAGGGAAGUUUCCAAUCGUUAUUGCCAGACCUUCCAUUGUGACGGCUGCAUACAAAGAGCCUUUACCAGGCUGGGUGGACAAUUUUAAUGGUCCCACGGGUCUGCUAAUUGGAGCUGGGAAAGGUGUUAUCCGCACGAUGCAUUGCAAUGAAAACUAUUUAGCUGAUGUGAUGCCCGUGGACAUGGCGGUCAACGCUUGCUUAUUGCUUGCGUAUCUUACUGCUCUUGAUAAGCCAAAAGAAAUCCGUGUAUGUAACGUGACACAAUCAGGAGUGAAUCCUCUCACUUGGGGACAUGCUUUAGAUUUGGGUCGCAUCCACGUGCAAGAGUUCCCGUUCUCCGUGUGCCUGUGGUACCCGGGCGGGUCCGCCAAGUCGUCCCGCGCCGCGCACCGCCUCGCCGCGCUGUUCACGCACCAGCUGCCCGCUUAUAUUGUGGACCUGCUCAUGUUCCUCAUGGGCAAGAAGACCUUUAUGGUCAAAAUCCAGAAACGCGUGAACUAUGGUCUAGAAGUGUUGCAGUACUAUACCACUAAGGAAUGGUACUUCGAGAAUGAUUUCUAUCGCUCACUACCAGAUCGUGUGUCGGAGAAUGAUAGAAAAGUGUUCUACACUGACAUGAGACUAGUGGAAUGGAGUCCCUACAUCCGUAACUACAUAAAGGGAGCCCGUGAGUUCUGCUGCAAGGAAGAUCCGAGCACGCUUCCCGCGGCGCGCCGCCGGCAAAGGCAACUGUACUACCUGGAUCUUCUAGUGCAAACGUUAGUGUAUGGACUCCUUGCUUACUUCGUCUACUACUACAUUAUCCGAAUUUUAAUACAAGUAUAGCACUAAUUUUAUUGUAAAUAGAGUCUAUAUUCCGCUGAACUGCCUCAGGUCUACAAUGUUACCACUACAAAAAUUCAAAUAAAAAAAAAGAUAAGCUCAAUUUGACAGCUGUCAAAAUUGUCAUUUGAUAGGGAAAUUCGGUAAAUUUUAGGGGAGCUAUGUUUUAUGAGCCACGAAUAGUAUUAAGAUGUUAUUUGAUUUUACUGUAUUGUUAUGCUUAUCUAGUGACAGUCAUACUUUAUUGUUUACUAGUUCAUGAAUGCAAUUUGUGAAUGUAUGCCUUCAUUUUGCGUGUUACCAUGUAUAAAAAAUAUUGUGUGUAACCUAUCCUGAUUCUCUGCACAUUAAGACUGGAAAGACGAGGAAACUGAUAAAAAUAAUUUUAGAGCAGCAUUUGAAUUCUCCGAACAAAAAAAAGAACCUUACAUAAAACCCUUUUUUGUAAAUCUAAUGUUAUGAGUUAUGACUAUUGAGUCAUAACAAUGAAUAGUUUAGAACUAUGAACUAUGAACUUAUGGCGAAUUUAAAAUAUUUUUGUGUGUUUCCUGCGAAAUAUUUGCAUUUAAGGGACUCGGAAUACUGUCACUAGAUGGCAUUAAUUUCAUCUAGUUAUUGUAAUGGUUAUUAUAGCUUCAAUUUUAAAAAUAAGUGUAAAUAUAAAAACGUAUUUAAUCGAUAGGUUUUUAAUUGUUUUAAGAUAAUGCAUUUAUAUUUGUUAUGUGGGCUGGCCUGUGUAUGUUACAAAACUCAACUAAGACGUAUAUUAUGGAAAAAGAUCAGAAAAAUAGUUAGAUAAUAGUAGUUUAUUCAAAUUACGUACAAAUUAACGUACGCAAAAUACAAUAAUUACUAUAAUAUAAUAUGUCAAAUAAAAGUUACCAUAUUAAUAUUGUGAAUGUAAUGAAAACCAAUCAAAUUUACAACAUCGAC